CCAUUAACAUUGCCGGAAAAGUUUACCGGAAUAACAAUGUUUCUUCGCAUUAUGUAAAAAAGUUGUAGAAGAUGCACCCCACAAAAUCGCUAUGGAAGCCGAUUUCAAAACCUGCCUUUUUCCAUAUUGUUUUUUUGCUAAUUAGCGCGUGAUUUCGCACGAGUUGCUGGAUUUCGGAGGUUUAUAGUUGAAUUCUUCAAAAUUUUCAUCUUAAACUCCCAUUAUCCCUCAAUUUCAACAGAAAGCACUAACUUCCCGGUAAUUUGGUGUUCGCUGCUUUUGCUCGAACUUUUUGCGGUUUUUCUUUCCAUUAUCUUUUUUACUGAUACAGGUGACAAAUCUUAGGUUGAUUUCAGCUUUUUUUGUUUAUCUGUAUUUCUGUUGCUUUUCUAUUAAAACGGACUCCUCAUCUUCUUUACGCCUGAAUGUAUCGAAAAGCUCAUUGACUAGCCAUCAUUUCAUUUCUUUUUUUUUUUUUCCUUUGGUUAGUCCCCUUUUAUUUAUUCUCGUUCUCGUUCUCUAGUCGCACACCAUCAUCGUGAAAGCCGUCAAAAAAACGUCGUCCUGUCAUUUCCAGCAUAAAAAUUGUGUAUAGAUCGUUUGUUGACCUAUACAUUAUUUAUCUGUUUCGAGUUUUCUAAAUUUGAUUUAAUUUCGUUUUCUGUUAGUUUUUUUGUUUUCGUGGUCUCUUUUCCUUUUUUCGUUUUCUUUUCUUCUUUAAAAAUUCUUAAAUUAAAAGUAUCAGGGUUUCUUAUUUAGAUAACUUCUACCACUAAUAUUCCUACUCGUUGUAUCAAUAUGGUUUAUGACUCUUCUGCUGCUUAUCAUAAAAUAUCAUUGUCUCAUGCACCUCCAAAAGAUUCCGUUCUUGGGAAGCGUCCACAUGAAGGUUCCCCUGUAUCAGACAAAAAAAGACUUAAUACCUCUGAUCACCCUCCCCCUUCUUCUUCUUCUUCGGGCUUUGUAAAGGACUUCUCGUCUUCUCCAUCUUCUGCUUCUAUAAAAGAAAAAGUUAGUCAUACCCCUCCUAGUAGAUCUAAUUUCGCCUCCCCAACCGCUUCCGCUAAUUCCUCUUCAUUUCCUUUCUCUCCUUCAACCUCUGUACCCGAACAAAAAUUAUCUCACGUAAAAAUAAAUCAAUCUUUUGUCGAUACUCCUUCUCAAACAGCUUCCUCCCGUGACACUGAAAAUGAUACAUUUAACUCUCGUGCUUCCGAUUCGCGUCCCAAAGCUGAUGCACAGUUUACACCUUUCUCUCCACCAAACUCGAUAUCUCCUGCUUCUGACCACUCUCUUAAUCCUGCUUACUAUGCUCCUUACCGUCAACCCGGCGGACCGCUUUGGGUAGAAGGUCUCGAGUUCCUACCGAGUCUUGACAUCCAGCUACGACUUGCGGAUGUAUUUUUUAUUUAUGCCCAUGGUCAACCUUAUGUUUUGUUUCAUCGAGAUUCUUUCUUUGCGUCUCUGCGAGCUCAGCGCCUUCCUCCCAUCCUAGUACUAUCUAUGUGUGCUGUAGCUGUACGCUUCUGGCAAACCGACAAGUACGAUAGAAAUUCCCUCUUCCAACAGUGUUUUAGUAAAGCUUCUUCAAUUGCCAUGUCCAAUUUUGAUAGAUUAGAUCUCGUCUACGUGGCUUGCUUCAUUAUGCUUUCGUACAUCAGUGUUGCUGAUGACAAGUAUUGGAUGUAUGCAGGUAUGGCCAUUCGCAUGUCUGUUGCCUUACACCCUAGUAAAAGUUUUGAUCUUCCUUAUUAUGAUCUCCCAGACAGCCCUAUGCCUUCGGAAAUUCGAGGCCAGCUGGUUCGCCGUCUCUUUUGGGACUGCUUUAUGCUCGACCGCUUAAACUCUUUAUAUUGUAAUACACAAUUUUUGAAUUUGGAAGAUAUUCAUGUACCUUUGCCUAUGCGUGAAAGUCUGUUUAUGUACAAUACUCGUGCUGUGACAGAGACCAUAUAUGGAAGACCUGGUACACCUGAUUUUGCUAAUCCACCAACGCUUGCCAAUUCACAGUCGUCCUUGACGUCUAAUCAGCAUGCCCAAAAUAACAUGGGAGUACUAGCUUAUAUGAUUCGUAUGGUAUCUAUCUGGGGAAGAGUCGUGCGUUGUCUGAAGGCUUAUGGCUCCAACAAGCAGACCAGUCCGCGUCCGUUUUGGCAUACAUCUGGUUCUUUUCAACCUCUUGACCAGGAAUUAUACGAAUGGGAGAAAAGUCUUCCUCAAAGGCUACGUUAUACACGCCAAUCUCUACUUUCUUAUCAUAUGAUGGGACAGGGAGGCCCAUUUGCAUGCAUGCAUCUGAUUUAUCUUCAAGUACAUUUGUAUAUUCACCGAUACGCCGCUUCCGUGUCACCUUUGUUUCAUCGACGUGUACCAUCGCCUCCUCAGUCAUUUGAAAAACAGUCAGUGCUUCUGGCAACUUUUUGUGCAAAUGCCAUUGCAAGAAUCCUUCAAGAUUGCGUCGAACUAUCCAUUUCCUUAGCAGCACCAUUUACGGCAUAUUCUGCCUAUAUGGCAGGAACCGUUAUGCUUUUCCAUGUCUCGAACCCCGACAAUUCUUCUCAAGCAACAACUGCAACAUCCAAUUUGCCAAAAGUGAAGCGCCAUUUGCAUAUUAUAAAGCAUUAUUGGCCAACGAUUGCUAAGUAUGCCAAUGCCCUGGAAAGUCUAUCCAAGCUUGUAUGCCGAAGCUCCGUCACUUCUACUGCCAAUACUCCGGGUUGGUAUGUUGCUCCAAGACAGGGGCCAGCUCUUGGCGCUCUUUCAAGCAAUGUUCCUGUUAAACCCGUUCCCUUGCCUGCAAAUAUUCCAUACAAUGGCGCAUCUGGUUCAGCAAAGAGUAGUACAUUGACAGACCUUGCUUACGAUACAAAAAUUUCGAGGCCGCUCCCUGUUUCUGGGGUAGCUGCGAGUGGUACACAAAGCGGUUUGACCUUUGAAAAUCGAGUGCCUCUUGUGUCCAACAGGGGUGGAUUGGUCGCUCCACCAGUCUCGCCGUUUCCUACAUCUAAUGCUACCGCCUUAAUGAUUAGGGAGUAUGCGAGAAAAGCCGAUAUAGAUCCUGAUUUGGUUCGUGUGGUAUCGUUGUGCGAUUGGUUCAAAAAUCCGGUUGAUGAGCUUGCUUUAAAUAAGCCUUUACAGCUUGAUUCAUCGGAUGAACAGGAAAAAAAUGCGAUAGACAUUAGUCGCCAUAAUGGCGUGCUAAACCUUUGGAAUUACGGUAUGUAAUGGGAAUCUGCUGUGUUUAUUCCUCAUGUACACUUGCUUGUUUCCAGGAAGGCAUAUGGUUCUGUGUAUUUAUCCUAAUCAUCUUUUGUAUUUAUCCCUCUUUUUUUGGACGGACUUUUGCUUGGAAAGGUCCGUAUGUAUAUGCUAGUUUAUGUUGUAUAGAACUAAGGCUCAUGAAGUUACUUGUAUAAUGUUUAUACGUAAAUGUAGAAUAAUAUAUAUCAAUAAUGAAUCCCUUCAUUACUCAGUCAA